UCUAUCCGAACUAAAAUUCCCUCCUUCCCUCGUUUUCUGCUCUCACCCAAACCCAAACCCCAAACAAAACCAACCAGACCCACUUUCCCUCUCUAACGCCUCCUUUCUCUCUCUAAAAUCUCCGCUUUCUCUCUCUGAACCCCAGAUCCCACUUCCAAACCCUAAACCUCCUCCUCUUACCUACUUCCGAACCCUAGCUCCUCUUCCUGUUUCUCUUUUUCUCUCUCUGGAACCAGAUCGUUUCGUCGCUCAAUCGGAGACCUCCCAUUUUCUUCGUCGGUAAAAAAUUAUCCAUGUCCGGCGGCGGUCGAGCUCACAACCGUCCUGCUCCUCCGCCGCCGCUUGCCUCCGGUGGCGCGCAGAUCGUACCGCCGUUGAGAAGGCACUUAGCUUUUACGUCGACGAAGCCGCCUUUUGUUCCUCCUGAUGAUUAUCACCGAUUCUCCAGCGAUGGUCGCAGAGCUGCUGAUCAAGAGCCUGAGGCCAUUGUUGUUCGAUCCCCUCUAUUAAAGCGGAAGAAUGCAUUAGAGAAUAACGAAGUUGACCAUAGGGAUUGGGCUAGCAGUCCUGGAUAUAUUAAUAUUGUUAACAACAGUCCGAUGCAAACUCCAGUUUCUGCUAAAGGGGGCAGAACAUACAAUAGGUCAAAGGGUUCAAAGGCCAAUAGAUCUACACCUCAGACACCCGUGUCAAAUGCUGGCUCCCCUUCUCCACUAACUCCUGCUGGUAGCUGUCGCUAUGACAGUUCUCUAGGCCUUUUGACAAAAAAGUUUAUCAAUUUGAUUAAGCAUGCAGAAGAUGGCAUUCUAGACCUAAAUAAAGCAGCAGAAACUUUGGAGGUCCAAAAAAGACGGAUAUAUGACAUAACAAAUGUCCUGGAGGGCAUAGGUCUUAUUGAAAAGAAGCUAAAGAACAGAAUUCGUUGGAAGGGACUUGACGCUUCAAGACCAGGGGAGGUUGAUGGUGAUAUUUCUUUAUUACAGGCAGAAGUUGAAAACCUUAACAUGGAAGAGCGCAGUUUAGACGAUCGAAUAAGAGAGAUGCAGGAGAGACUGAGGGACCUGAGUGAAGAUGAGAAUAACCAAAAGUGGCUUUUUGUGACCGAAGAAGACAUCAAGGGCUUACCAUGCUUUCACAAUGAAACCCUUAUAGCAAUUAAAGCUCCACAUGGAACAACCCUGGAAGUUCCAGAUCCUGAUGAAGCUGUUGACUAUACACAGAGGAGAUACAGGAUAAUUCUUAGAAGCACGAUGGGUCCUAUUGAUGUCUACCUCGUUAGUCAAUUCGAAGAGAAGUUUGAGGAGAUGAAUAGUGCUGAGCCACCUGCGAACUUCCCUAUUGCUUCUAGUUCAGGAUCUAGUGAACCUACAGCAACAGAAGUGAUCACUGUGGAGAGCAAUACUGGAAAGGAAAUUGAACCUCAGCCACAACACGACCAUCAAGUGUGCCCUGAUAUUAAUGCCUUACAGGAGUUUCCUGGGGGAAUGAUGAAGAUUGUUCCUUCUGACGUGGAUAAUGAUGCAGACUACUGGCUUAUCUCUGAUGCUGAAGUUAGCAUUACAGAUAUGUGGAGAACAGACUCUGUUGUUGACUGGGAUGGGCCAAAUAUCCUUCAUUCAGAUUUUGUAAUGCCUGAUGUAAGUACCCCAAGGCCCCAAACCCCGCCUUCAGGAAUCACCGAUGUGCCAAACACUUCUGUCGACUUCUCACAAAGAUGAACAUUAAUUUUUCUAAAUGCUGAAUUUAGAAACUCAUCUCUGCCGCCACAUCAGUGGCCUUCCAUAUUUAUCAAAGAAUAACAUGAAGAUACCAGCUGGUUGCUUGACAAACACCAGCAAAAAUCUUGCGGUGGAAGUGGAUGGGGGGGUAUGGUAAAACGGGGGCUAUUUGAUACUGUACAGCUCGGUAAUAUUGUUUUUACCCCUGUGGUAUAAUAAAAUGUUGAAAUCUUAUGUUAAGGCAUGGGGAGGAAGCUCAGUAUGCAAUGAGUAGAGUGCACUGAAUAAUACUGGAGCACACUCAAAAUACACAUGAAAAUUUGAAUGCAUGAUUUCAUUAUAUGCAUGUCCAUGUACCAUUCUUUGAUGUGUGCCGUAGCAUAAGUUUAUGAAUACGGAAUCUAACUGGUCUGUAAAUGCUGUUAUAAACACGCAGCAAUAUAAGAUCUCUGCUUUGUUAUCUGAGUAGGGUCUUAAGAAUGAACUGACUUGACUGUUCUAUUUUAUGGUGUACAACCAUAAGCGUUUGAUAUAAAAUUAUCCAUGUAUCAAUCAAUAAUUAUUUCUUUUCUAUGCU